AUGAAGGGGAUUGUGGAAAAGAAGAGUCCCAAGGACACAGGCGAAACAAGGAAUAUUUCCGAGACGAAAAGGAGAGAGAUAUCUAGAUAUAUCCCUCGAGAAGCCAGCCUUCAUUUGAUAGAUCUCUCUUUGGAUAUCAUCAACCUCAUUACAGAGAGCCUACCACCAAGCUCAAUUGUCCUCUUUGGACUCACGUGUCAUGUAUUCUAUUCAAUAUUCUUCAAACAGAUUUCCGAGACUUCACUUACAGCUCCAAUUUGGAGACCAGACACAGACUCCAGGCAAUCUGAUGCCUCCGAAACGGAUGCUGGACUCCAACUCCACCAUAUACUAAAGAAUUGGAACUACAUAAUUCCUUCGCCAUUUGCAAAACAGAUGAAAUGGAUGGACGAUGACAUUUUUUCAGUAAUCCGCGCCGCGAUGAGUAUUAUGACCAUGGUCAAAGAUGCCAAACGUCUUAAUGAAGAAGUUGAAUUUGGCGCCUUAACAAAGGGGCAAAGAAGGAUUCGUAACUCGACGAAACUAGCUGGUGGGCUUUUUUUCAAAUGUCCUCAACCCGGUGGAAGGAGGAAAUAUUCUUGGCGCCGUUUAUCAGAGGAUGAACGAUUUGAACUCACGGAUUUGAUGCAGUUGUGGGCUCCUCGUGUGGAUUCAUUGGAAUAUGAGUUAGAUUUGCAUAGACGACUGCGCCGGUCACAAUAUAUGAUGACUAGUUAUGCUGUUGGAAGGAAUUGA